CCAAACUCACCUUUUACUACACUCGCUUUCGCUUUGCUCUAACACCAAACGCUACUCUCUUCUCAACAAUGGUGGCCCAAUCGGGGAAAUGGAUGGUGCUCGCGGCCACCAUUUGGAUACAGGCCUUCACGGGGACUAACCUCGACUUUUCGGCCUACUCUUCCGAGCUCAAGUCGGUUUUGGGGGUUUCGCAGGUCCAGCUCAACUAUCUCGCCACCGCCUCCGACCUCGGCAAGGCCUUGGGCUGGUCGGCAGGUCUUGCCGUCAUGUGGAUGCCGCUUUGGGCGGUAAUGUUCGCCGCCGCGGCGAUGGGGCUCGUCGGCUACGGCGUGCAAUGGCUCGUCGUUGCUAAAGUGAUUACGCUGCCGUAUUCCGUGGUAUUUAUACUUUGCUUGUUAGCUGGUUGCAGCAUCUGCUGGUUCAACACAGUCUGCUUUGUUCUCUGCAUCAAGAAUUUCCCCUCUGCAAUGCCGUUCGCGCUCUCCCUCACCGUCAGCUUCAAUGGUGUAAGCGCUGCUCUGUACAACCUCGCAGUGAAGUCAAUCGACAGUUCCUCAUCAGCUGUUUACCUCCUUCUCAAUGCAUUGAUCCCCCUCUUCAUAUCCGUUGUGGCUCUGAUUCCCAUUCUUCACCAACCUCCUCCUCUAUAUUCUCCGGAUCCUGAUGUUGUGAAGCGCGACAAACGCACGUUCCUCGGGCUAAAUGUGCUAGCUUUCUUCACAGGCCUGUAUCUCCUCUUCCUCCAUCCAUCAGAUUCAUCAAUGGCCCGCCUCCUCUUGUAUGGCGCCAUCUUUCUCCUGAUCCUCCCUUUAGGGAUCCCCGGCAUUUUUUACGACGGAGAGUGGCUUAACCGCACAAUCUCCUCUAGCUUCAUUCUUGCUGCUGAUGAUGAUGAGGCUGAUAAUCUCCAGCUACAUAAACAGCUCCUUAGCCGUGAAAAUGAACCAGCCUACUCCGCUGCACCUAAUGGCAUUUCCAGAGAGAACAGCAGUGUUGAAGAAGGUAGUUCCGGUGAAACAGUGAUGCUCGGGGAAGAACACAAAGCAGGAAUGCUCGUCCGAAGGUUGGAGUUCUGGCUAUACUACAUCGCAUAUAUCUGUGGGGGAACUUUAGGGCUUGUGUACAGCAACAAUCUUGGGCAGAUUGCUCAGUCGCUCGGGCAUGGUUUGAUGACAUCAAAGCUCAUCGCCAUAUACGCCUCCUUCUCCUUCUUCGGCCGCCUCCUCUCCGCUGCUCCCGACUUCAUACCAAUGAAUAAGGUUUCCUUCUCAAGAACUGGUUGGCUGGCCAUCGCUCUCCUCCCCACGCCAGUCGCCUUCUCCCUUCUCGGUGCAUUUGGAGGCAACGCCCUGGCGAUCCAAGCAGGGACAGCUCUGAUCGGGCUGAGCUCGGGCUUUAUAUUCGCUGCCGCGGUUUCAAUAACCUCGGAGCUCUUCGGGCCAUGUGGUGUGAGUAUGAACCACAACAUCCUCAUCACCAACAUACCCAUUGGAUCCCUCGUCUACGGCUACCUGGCAGCAACAGUUUACGACUCCAAUGCCACGCCCGGUGCUGCAGGCUUAGGCGAGGCGUUGGUGUGUAUGGGGAGAGAGUGCUAUUGGCUGACAUUUGUGGGGUGGGGCUGUGUUUCGGUUGUGGGAGUAGUGUGUAGUGUGAUGCUGUUCUUGAGAACUAGGCAUGCUUAUCACAGAUUUGGGACAAGUAGAAGACCAACUAUCUGUCUUAGUGAGCUAGUACACACAGGUUGAUAAUCUUGUAUGAUUGAUUGCACAUUAACAAAAUGAUUAACAAAAUUUAAAGAAAAAUUUGAAUUUA